AUUUCAAUGCGUUCGCGAGCGCAGAAAAUUAUUCAAUUUCAAUUCUCUGACAAGCAAACCAAAGCAAACUUAACCCAACCAUUUUAUCACGAAGAUUGUUGUUCCUGUGCACCACUGACAAUGAAUAUCUUACCAAAGAAAAGGUGGCAUGUUCGAACGAAGGAGAAUAUUGCUCGCGUACGUCGAGAUGAAGCAAAGGCUGCGGAAGAAGAGAGGAUCAAACAAAUACGAAUUCAAAAAGCUGAAACGGAAGCUAGGAUAAAUUUAUUAAGGGAUCAAACAAGAUCAAAGUACGAUGGCCGUGCUGAAACCAAUGACACCAAGGACAAGUUGGAACAUGUCAACUUCUUUGCUGAACUUGAAAGUGGAAAAAUUGACUACAAUCGACCUAAUGUGGAACAUGAGAGGGAGAAGAAGGAAGCGAAGGAGAAAUAUGAGAAGCAAAUUGGAUACCUGACAUAUCUAGGACAAGAUACUAAUGAGGCUACUGGAAAAAAGAAUUGGUACGAGGAAUUACCAACGAGAUUGACAGAUACGCAAAAAGAGCAAAACAUGGAGAUAGAAACAAAGAAAAAGAUCUUGAAUGAUCCAAUGACAGAUAUAAAGAGAUAUUUGAGCAUUAUGCGUUCUCAACCUACUGAAGACCACCCAAAAGUAAAGACGGAGAGUAUCAAGAGGAAACACUGUACUUUUGAUAAUUCUAACUCUGAUCGAGAGAGUCAGAGUUCAAGUAAGAAACAUAAGAAGAGUAAAAAACAUAAAAAGCAUAAGAAAGAGAAGUAUAAAGAGUCGAUAAAGAAAGAAGCUAUAAGUGGUGGCACAGAUAUUGAGAAAUUGAGAGCUGAAAGAUUGCUGAGGGAGCAAAGCGAGAAACUUAGAACUGAAGCUUUAUUGGCCAAAGUGAAGGGUGAGCCAGUGCCAGUCGUAGCACCUGAGACUCUUAAACCUGUUAUAAAACAGAAAUACAACUCGCAAUUCUUUCCCGAAAUCGCUAGGCAGAAUGCAGAAAGGACACCUAGAUACACCUGAGCCAACAACGAGUUCUUAAAUUGGCAUUUUACUAGAAUUAUGUAUCGUGAUUAUUAUAUAUUUGUUAAUAUAUAUUACAAUGUCUGUAUAAAGUCAUAAAAAUGUACAUAUAUCGUAGAUAUGUUGUAAUAGAUCAAACAAAUCAAAUAUUCAA